AAUAGUAACAGUCGAAUAUAUAUUUUCGAUUUGUUAUCCACAUACGAAUUAAGAUAAUGAUUAUCAUAAUUUUGAUAAAGAGCCAGUCGUAAUUCGUUAUCAUAAAUUAAACUUAGUUUCGGUUCGGCAGCUUUAAAAUCAACAUGUCUACUCCAAAAAUUCGACUGUUGUCGCCAGAAUUACAGUUAAUUGCACGGACGGAAUUGUUUGAAGAUCCAAAUCAAAUUCAAGAAUAUUUGGAUAUAUUGAAGCAAUGGUUGGUCAAAUCUGUUCAUAUCAAAGCGAGAACGGAUGACCAGUUUUUAAUUGCAUUUCUUCGUGGUUGCAAGUACAGUUUAGAAAGAGCGAAGCAGAAAAUUGACAUGUUCUAUACAUAUCGAACUCAUCUAACUGAAAUUGUUGGGAACCGAGAUCCACUCGACACUAAGAUUAAUGAAGUGAUUAAAAACGGCGUUACGCUACCGUUACCGAUUACUGGAAGUCCUGGCUCACCGAGACUUCUUUUCUUUCGAAUGAACUCGUACGACCCGAGUCGUGUUAGAAUCGAAGAAAUCAUGAAAGUGUUUACCAUGAUCAACGACAUAUUGUUGAUUGAAGAUGAUAAUUCAGUAGUUGCGGGUCAAAUAUGUGUUUGUGAUGUGGGUAAUAUUUCCAUGGGUCAUAUUAUACAAAUGCAGCCUGCGUUUUUGAAAAAGGCGAUAAUGAUAUGGCAGGAAAGUUCACCGAUAAGACAGAAAGGAGUCCAUUACAUAAACGCUCCGAAAAUUUUUGAAAAGUUGUUCGCUCUAGUUAAAAGUCUGUUGAACGAGAAAAUGAGAAAUCGGAUUUUCAUGCAUCCCUCAUUGGACUCUCUGUACUCCAUGGUUCCGCGCGAAAUGAUGCCAAUCGAAUACGGAGGUACGGCCGGCUCUCUGCAAAGCCUAACCGAUGAAUGGGAAAAGAAAUUUUUGUCGCAUCGUGACUACUUUUUGACUGAGAGCUCGAUGUAUGGUGUUGAUGAGAAAAAACGAAUUGGAGCAGCAAAAAAUCCAUUACUUGGAAUUGACGGAACGUUCAAACAAUUGCAAUUCGACUAGCGACUUGAUAUUUAGAUUGCUGUUGUACAGUAAAUCAAUGUAGGUCGAAAUUUAAAUUUAUUACUUUAAAUUGGAUGACAAUACACCGCUUAAUAAAUUUGUUUUGAUUACUUUUAUCGUAAAAAUAAAUAUGAA